ACAUGUUUUUUUGUCAUAGCAAAGAGCUCUUUGUUUGAAAUUUCAACACUUAUUCCUGAAAGACUGUACAUUAAUUUCUUCCAAACAAUAACGAUUGCACCAAUUUGAUUGUCAUGGCUGAAAGUAAAAAAAAAGUUGCAGUGCCCACUGUAGAAGGGCUUAUGGGGGACAUCGUAACUAGAAAAUUGAAGAACUCUUAUGAUAUAGCAAUGAGAACUCAAGAACUGUUGAAGUUUAUGAUUUCUGCAAAAAACUGGGAAACAGCACAAGAGUUGAUGGAACUCAUUAGGACAAACAUAAAAUUAGUUGAGAAAACUUUACCUCAUCAGAUAGUUGCUAUUAAUGUGAUGAGACAUUUCUUGAAAAUCAUCCGAGAGGAAUACGAUAGUGGGUUGAAGAGAAAAGGAGAAGACACAACCUUACAUCACAUGAUUACUGAGCUUAAUUCUGGACCAGCUACAGAUUACUCAAAAAAACUACCUAGCCUAAAGGAUGAUUUAUUGCUGCGUGCCUCUGAGUAUAGAGCUGAAUUAGAAUCCAGUUCAGCCAAUGUUUCAAGUCGUGCUGUUGAUCAAAUUUUUGCAACUGAAGUAAUUUUGACCUAUGGAAAAUCAAAUUUGGUGGAGCAAUUUUUGAAGGCAGCGGCUAAAGAGAAGCCAAUGCAUGUUGUAGUUGUAGAGUCUUCUCAAGUUCUAGGGGGUCAUACUAUGGCAGCCAAUUUAGCUAAGGUUCCCAACAUCCGAGUAAGUCUGAUUCCAGACACUAAUGUUUUCGACUUGAUGACUCGCACAAACAAGGUAAUAAUUGGAACACACUUGGUUUAUGCCGAUGGAGGACUCCAGACCAUUGCAGGUGUGCACAAUGUAGCAGCAACUGCCAAAUAUUUCUCAGUACCGGUAAUAGUUUUAACGCAUAUGUAUAAGUUGACUCCAAAAUUCACUGUGAGCUGUGAGGAAUAUCAAAGUGCCAGAAAUGCUGGUUCUAGAAAACUGUGGGAAACAUGUAACACAUCCAAAUUCAACAUUGUGGACCCCAUCUUCGACUAUGUGCCUCCUGAACUUAUCCAGCUUUUCAUUAUUGCUCACCAAAAUGGUUAUUCACCGUCCUAUAUUCACAGAUUGCUAAUGGAAGUGUAUCAUAAAGACGAUUACUACAUUUAGUAUAUGUAUUUCUAAGUAAAUUAAAACAAGAGAUUUUAUAAGAAUUUGACUGUUAUUUAUAUGUCUAAUAAAUGUGUAUAAUUACUA